AUGUCUACAAGCCGCCAACCCCUCUACCUCCGAUGCGAGAUGAAGCCGGCCGAGCACCGUGCCGCGCUCACCCCAACCACCGCCAAGGCACUCAUUGACGCUGGGUUCGACAUCACGGUCGAGUCCGACCCUCAACGUAUCUUUGACGACAAAGAGUACACCGAGGUAGGGUGCAAGCUUGCCCCUCACAACACGUUUCACUCCCUGCCCGCCGACAUCCCCAUCAUCGGUCUCAAGGAGCUUGAGGAGCCUGGUCCGGAUCUGCCUCACACCCACAUUCAGUUUGCUCACUGCUACAAGAAGCAGGCCGGUUGGGCGGAUGUUCUGGGUCGAUUCAAGCGCGGAGGCGGAAAGCUCUACGAUUUGGAGUUUUUGGAGGACAAGAACGGCCGUCGUGUAGCCGCGUUUGGUUGGCACGCCGGCUUUGCAGGCGCUGCACUUGGUCUGUUGGCUUUGGCUGAACAGGUGCAAGGUGAAGACCAAAGGCUGGGUGCUCAAAAGGCUUACCCCAACGAGCAGGCGCUCAUCGCACACGCCAAGCAGCAGAUUGAGUUCAUCAAGAAAUCGCGCUCGGACGGCAAAGUGAAGGCGCUCGUCGUCGGAGCUUUGGGACGAUGUGGUCGUGGAGCCAUUGACUUUUUCGAAAAGGCCGGCGUCGCUUCUGAGGACAUUGUCCGCUGGGACAUCCAGGAGACCUCAGCCAAGCACGGUCCCUACCAAGAGCUGCUCGACGUAGACAUCUUUGUCAACUGCAUCUACCUCACCUCUAAAAUCCCGCCUUUCCUCGACCAACCUACGAUCCAAGCCGCUGGUCCCUCGCGUCGUCUCGGCGUCGUCGUCGACGUAUCGUGCGACACUACCAACCCCAACAACCCUCUCCCCAUCUACGACAUCAACACCACCUUUGACAAACCUACCGUCGACGUCAACACGGGCAAAGGUAACCCGAGCUUGACCGUCAUCUCGAUCGACCAUCUGCCCACUCUGCUGCCUAGGGAGAGCUCCGAGGGUUUCAGCAACGACCUGUUGCCCAGUCUGUUGCAGUUGCCCUACGUGCUCGGUAAGGACACCACCAAGCUCGACACGUUGGACGAAGGAAAGGGAGCCGUCUGGCAGAGAGCCGAAAAGCUCUUCCAUAAGCACUUGGCAGAGGCUGAGCAGCACACAGCUUGA